UGCACGCACUCUCUCUCUAACCAAACACCCCAAAAAACUAAAUCAUAAACCACCGCAAGGACAAGAAAUGGUGAGAGAAAGACGUUGGCGCUCUGCCCUGGUUUUGGCCAUCCUUUUUCUCGUUCUUCUCGAUUUGCCGUUAGCAUCGGGGAGGCGACACAAGGACCGGCAUGCAGGCGGGGCGCGCCGGGGGGUUGACCACGGGCACGUGGAGGUGCACACUGAGGCCUACAACUAUAAGCGGGAGCGGGCUAGGGGGCCGGACACGGUGGAGGUGGCCGGAUCGAGGUUGCCCGACUGCUCGCAUGCAUGCGGGUCGUGCACGCCCUGCAGGCGCGUCAUGGUGAGCUUCGUGUGCGCGGAGGAGGCCGAGACUUGCCCCAUGGCGUAUAAGUGCAUGUGUAAGAGCAAGUCGUUUCCCGUGCCCUAAUCAAUGAGUCGCGUUCUCCUUCUUUUUGUACAGUUCCUGUGCCCUUUGCUCUUGUUUGUCGAGGAGCAGGCGCCGGGCCUAUCUUGUGUCGGGAUGUGUAUGAAGAUUUUGAGAGUUCUUUUUGUAUUCUUCUUUACUGAAGCUUUCUUCAUUUAAUUUUGUGGUUACUUUUCUUGUUUUAUAAUCAAAUAGAAAAAUAGAUUUUUGGGCCAUCACAAUGAUAUGAUUUUUAAUACUAUUUGAAGGCGGUUGAUUGCUAGGCAAUCAGCCUUAUACAA